UGUCCUAAGUGGAGUUAGCUUCAGAGGGUCUAAGUGAAAUUCUCCGUUUCUAUUAUCUUCAACAAUAGAAAAUAACAUAAUUCUCACCCUUUGCGGAACCCAUUGCUUUAACAAGUGAUUGUUCACGCGAUUGGGUAUAGUAAAUAAAACAGAAAUUGCUAAGCCUCUCCUAAGUAAGCCCUUGGUCAGAUCCAUCUAAGAAUGGCAACAAAGGCCGUCUCCGCAGAUGCAGCUGUUGUGGAGGUUCUUAAUGGCCGUAACUAUGUGGAUUGGAGUGUAUUGGUUAAAACUUACUUGUUGGCUCAAGACCUUUGGGAUGUAGUGGAAGAAGACGAAGAAGAAGAAGAAGAAGCUGAUGAUAAGUUCAAAGCUUGGAGGAAGAAGAAUGCCACGGCUUUACAUACCAUCCAAAUUUCGUGCGGGCAGGAAGCUUUUUCCCUCAUUAGGAACACCACUUCAGCCAAACGCGCUUGGGAUACUUUGGCAGAAGAGUUCAAGCCAAAACCAAGAUAUUACAAUGAGUACAAUCAGUAUAAGCCGUUGUUCGAUGCUGUGUGGAGUGGCGACUGGAAUAAAGCAAAGGAGUUUCUUACCUUACAUCCCAAUGCAAUAAGAGCAACAAUUCCUUCUACAAACGACACAGCUCUUCACGUAGCAACAGAACUAGAGCACGAGCAUAUUGUGGAAGAGUUGGUGCAGUUGAUGUCAGAGGAAGACUUGGAAAUAACAGAUAAUAAUGGUUGGACAGCUCUUGCUCUUGCUGCAGAUACGGGAAAUGUAAAAAUGGUUGAAUGCAUGGUUAGAAAGAGCAAGAAACUACUUAGUAUUCCCACUGACAGCGACAAGACUCCAAUUCUCUGCGCUUCUGUCAGUGAACAAUGGGAUGUCGUUCAUUAUCUUUACUCCGUCACUCCCCUCCAAGAUCUAAUACCAGAGAAAGGACCAUACGGCGCUGCACUUCUUCACGACUUUAUUAUUGGCAUGAAAUUUGGUAUUGCUUGGGAAUUAAUUCAGCGUUGCCCACAAUUGGUUUUUACCAAGGGCCUCAAUGGGGUAUUCCCGAUGGGAGGAUUUAUGCCUUCUGCAUUCCCGAGUGGAAUACGCCUCAAAUUCUGGCAACGAUGGAUCUAUAAUUGUAUACACAUAGAGCGUGCCAUCAGUGAUAUUCGUGUAAGUGUUCAAAAUGAAGGAAAUGAAGAAUGUAAUCGAAUGAAGAUCACUUGGUCAGCGGUAGGUUUCUUGCAAGCUUUGAAAUCAAAUCUCCUUGAACUUUUGGGAAUCAACCGCAUACGCGAAAUAAAACAGGCCCACAUUCAAUCACUUGAACUCCUACAUCGCAUGUGUGAAAUGAUAAAACAUUCACAUAGCUGUGAUUAUGUACUCGGAGCAAUGUUCACAGCUAUCGAGCGAGGGAUGUUUGAGUUUGCUGACAGUGUAUUGCAAGCCAGACCAGAUAUCGUGUGGAGAUCUAAUAAAAUGGGAAGGGACCCCUUUAUGUUUGCAGUUGAAUGUCGCCAAGAAAAAAUUUAUAGCCUUAUUUAUAGAUUCGAUAACAGAAAAAGAACAUCGAUUGGAAAUUUGGCAGAUAUGUCUAACAAUUGCGUGCUACAUGUGGCCGGAAUGCUAUCCCCAUUGGCAAAGUUCGAUAAUAUCCCAGGUGCAGCUUUGCAAAUGCAGAGAGAGCUGCAAUGGUUUAAGGAGGUCGAGACUAUAGUAUUACCCCGGCUUAAAGAACAUAUGAAUGACAAUCGUAUGACGCCGCGUCAGCUGUUUACAAAGAGCCACAAGCAAUUGGUGAAGGAAGGAGAAAGAUGGAUGAAAGAAACUGCAACUUCUUGUACAGUUGUAGGUACUCUAAUUAUUACCAUCAUGUUUGCUGCAGCAUUCACAGUACCUGGUGGAAACAACGGAGAAACAGGCUUCCCAAUAUUCUUGCAUAAAAAUUUAUUUAUGGCUUUUAUAGUUUCAGAUUCUAUAUCGCUCUUUUCUUCUACAACUUCGGUGUUGAUGUUUUUGGGAAUCCUUACAUCACGUUAUGCGGAAGAUGAUUUCCUCAAAUCCUUACCAAAAAAGAUGAUAAUAGGCCUUUCUACCUUAUUCAUCUCUAUUGCCACCGUGAUGGUCGCCUUUUCUUCCGCCCUUUUUAUUAUGAUCCAUGAACAGUCGUGGAUUGUUAUUCCAAUGAUUUUCCUUGCUAGUGUUCCUGUCACCUUAUUUAUUGGGAUGCAAUUUCCUCUUCUAGUUGAGAUGUACAUUUCUACUUAUGGACGAGGAAUAUUUGACAGGAAAGUGAAAUCAAGGGCAUAAAUUCUUCUAUUUGGGAGUGGAAUAUUUGAUACGAAAGUGAAAUCAUGGACUUAACUUCUUGAUGGUACGUGUAAGUGGUAAUGUAUAACUUUCAUAAUGUUGUAAACUUCUAAGAAGCUUGUACUCAUUAUCCAUGCCAUGUAUGUG